GGAUGAGUAGUCAAGUUCGUCGUCCAGCAGCAAUUCAGUCGUCACUUUUCUUUUCUUUCGGCUGUGGUGGAUAUACUUCUGGGUUUCGAUUUUUUCCCUCUUUAGAAAACUCGUGAAAAUUUUCAGAAAUGGCGACUCAAGGUCAAGUUAUUACUUGCAAAGCGGCGGUGGCCUGGGAACCCAAUAAGCCUUUGUCGAUUGAAGACGUUCAGGUUGCUCCGCCUCAAGCCGGCGAAGUUCGAGUUAAAAUCCUCUUUACUGCUCUCUGCCACACCGAUGCUUACACCUGGAGUGGAAAGGAUCCCGAGGGUCUCUUCCCAUGUAUCCUUGGUCACGAGGCUGCUGGAAUAGUAGAAAGUGUUGGUGAAGGCGUGACUGAAGUCCAGCCAGGAGAUCAUGUCAUUCCUUGUUACCAGGCUGAAUGCAGGGAAUGCAAGUUCUGCAAAUCAGGAAAGACCAACCUCUGUGGCAAAGUUAGGACUGCUACAGGAGCUGGUGUGAUGAUGAAUGAUCGUCAGAGCCGCUUUUCUAUCAAUGGGAAACCCAUCUACCAUUUCAUGGGAACCUCCACAUUUAGCCAGUACACAGUUGUCCAUGAUGUUAGCGUUGCGAAGAUUUUGCCAAAUGCUCCUUUGGACAAAGUGUGCCUUUUGGGUUGUGGGGUUCCUACUGGUCUUGGGGCAGUUUGGAACACGGCAAAGGUUGAACCUGGUUCUAUUGUUGCUAUCUUUGGCUUAGGAACAGUGGGGCUUGCUGUUGCUGAAGGUGCAAAAGCUGCUGGUGCUUCCCGAAUUAUUGGCAUUGAUAUUGACAGCAAUAAGUAUGAGAUAGCCAAGAAUUUUGGAGUGACAGAAUUUAUCAAUCCCAAAGAUCACGAGAAACCUAUCCAACAAGUUAUUGUGGAUCAAACUGACGGAGGUGUGGACUAUAGUUUCGAAUGCAUUGGAAAUGUCUCUGUCAUGAGAGCUGCCUUGGAGUGUUGCCACAAGGGGUGGGGAACAUCUGUUAUUGUGGGAGUAGCAGCAUCUGGCCAGGAGAUAUCUACCCGUCCGUUCCAGCUGGUUACUGGUCGUGUUUGGAAGGGAACGGCUUUUGGUGGAUUCAAGAGUCGUUCGCAAGUACCUUGGCUUGUAGAGAAGUACAUGAACAAGGAAAUCAAAGUUGAUGAGUACAUCACCCACAAUUUGACUCUUAAGGACAUCAAUAGAGCUUUUGAUCUGAUGCAUGAAGGUGGUUGCUUGCGCGUUGUGCUCAACUUGCAUGAUUGAGUGCAGCUUCUGUGUUAAACUCGGGCGACUUUCUUUUUGAUUUGCUCCCACCCCCUGGCACAUUUUAAAAUCGAACUUGCUAGUUGCCACUCUUUAAGAUUUUCCAGGUUUCUCAGUUCGUUUGAGAAGUCGAAUUUGAAACGUCUGUUAUGAAGUUGUUAUUCUAGUGAUAUAAAAAAAAUAAAGAUUCUGAAACUUUUAUUGCUUGAACUUUUCACAAAACUACUAGUUCUACUGCAUAUGGAAUUGAUGCGCUACAAAAGGAAAAGCCUAACUAAGCUAUAUAUCUCUAUCUCGUUCUAAUCAGGCCCUUUCAUUAGUUGGACUAGUAAUAGGCAGUUUCAUCUUUGUUUCCAGUUCCAGGUUCUUGUCGCUGUCGCUGUAAGCAAAUCCUCCAUGGCUGGUAAGAUCCAUUCCCGCCGUCUCCUCGUCCACCGAUAUCCUCAGAAGUCCAAACUUGUGUAGCAACCAAAACAAUGUCCCCAUGGUCACCGUCACCCAGCCAACGAUCACCACAAUCUGCACAAGAUGAGCCGCCAAUAACUUCGCCCCGCCGCCCAUCAGCAGCCCGUAAGGCCGCUCCGGUAGACCGGGAUAAACCUCGUUCACAUACUUUUUCGUAGCAAACAGUCCUGUAAAGAUGAUCCCCCAGGCACCACAACCAGCAUGAAGCUGCGCAGCUUCGAGCGGAUCAUCAUACCCAACUUUAUCAGCCAAUUUGUUGAACCCGAUCAGGACCCAAGCAGCAACAAACCCGCAAAUCACCGCGGCCCACGGAUCAACCACGGAGCACCCACCCGUGAUGGCAGCGAAACCACCGAGCAAACCAUUACAAACAUCAGUGACAUUCCAAUGGCCUACAAUCAUCCUUUUCCCGAACAGAGUCGUCAGUGCCGCCGUGCAUCCGGCUAAAGUAGUCGUGACGGCAGUCCUUCCGAUCGCGCUCCAUUGCCCGUAGAAAGAUCCACCAUUGCCAUAGGCCUUGGAAAUAAUAAGGAAAGAACCCGGAUUGAAACCGUACCAUCCGAACCAUAACAAGAAUGUGCCCAAAACAACUAGAGUUCCGCUGUGUCCUCUCAGGGUAAUGGCCUUGCCAGAAUGGUCAAAUCGACCAACCCGGGGCCCCUCAAUCAGGGCACCCAACAACCCGGCAAUUCCUCCGACCAUGUGAACCACUCCGGACCCGGCGAAAUCGAUCACACCGGAUCCGAACAGGGGAUUCGCCCCGACCGCGCUGGCCCAACCAUCACCGGACCAAAACCAGUGAGACACAACCGGGUAAACGAAUCCCGUCAAGAAGGAAGAAUAAAUCAAGUAGGCAACGAAUUGGGUUCUUUCCGCAAUCGACCCGCUCGUGAUCCCGGCGGCGGCGAUUGCGAAACACCAUUGAUAAAGGAAGUAACUGUAAUCAAACGACUCAGAAGGGAAGUUUGUGAGGCCAAAAUUAUGGGAGCCGAUAAACCCGUUUGAAGGGGUCCCAAAGGCGAAUGCAAAGCCGAAGAGAUAAUAAAACAGGCCGCCGGCAGCCGCGUCGAGGACAUUGGUCAGCAUAAUGUUCAUGGUGUUCUUGGCCCGAACCGAGCCCGCACAGAGCAUGGCGAAGCCCAAUUGCAUGGCAAACACAAGGUAUGCUGAGAAUAACAGAUACGUGGUGUCAACUGCAUGGCCAGUGUCGGUGAAUCGGUUUGAGACAUCGUCGAAAUUACCGCAAAUGUACUCGGCUGCGGCGGUGGCGUUAGCGGCUCCGCCGAGUAAUUUGCUCAGGUCAGCCGCUGAACAGACGCCGGAAGCCAUGAUUGACGAUGGAUGGUUUUUUGUUUGGUGUUCUGUAAAUGUUUGAUAUUCUGUUGUUAUUUAUAUAUAUAUGUAAGAAGGAUGGAAGUGGUUGAAUCUGGGAGAGAUUCUUUCUCCGGGGGGGGGGGGGGGGUUUGAAUUGGAAUUAGAUUAAAAGAAGGGAUCGCAACUGACUGUUGGAGAUUCAGUAGUAGUUAGUUCAGGGCAGUUUGAGAUUCCAACUAUAAAAGCUGGAAAUUACUGUUUUACUCUUUUAGUGAGACUUACUAGUUUGUAUUCUUGACGUUGUCUUUCGAUUCAAAUCCAUGAUAAUUGAUAACAACUACCUGAUUCCUACUCCUGAUCCUUUUAUGAAAG